AGCACACAGAACAGCCACAGGAAAUCCAGAGAGAGGAAGAGGAGGAACCAGACCCAGCCUCUACUCAGGAGACCCAGAGGAAUCAGAGCUUUGGGACCCCUACGCCUGCACUCUGCUCCUCCUGCCAGGAGUGCCAGGCCUCGGCACCCAGAGCACACCAGCAGACGAGCACCCCAAGCCCUGCGCACCAAGGCUGCCGGGCACCACAGAGGUCCCUCUUGCCAGUCCCAAGGACCUGUCCAUCCCAUCAUCCAGCCUCUUGACUGCUUGAACAAUGGGCCCAAGGAAGCGAGCCCCGGGCUACCUGGCUCCUCUGCUGUCCUUGCUCCUGGCCUAUAGGGGCUGGGGUUACCCCAUCCCUGAUUCCAGCCCCAUGCUCCUGUUUGGGGGCCAGGUCCGCCUCCGACACCUGUACACAGAUGACGGCCAGGACACAGAGGCACACGUGGAGAUGGGGCCUGAUGGGGCCGUUCGGGCGGCAGCUGAGAGGAGCCCCAACAGUCUUCUGGAGCUGAAGGCGGUGAAGCCUGGCGUCAUCCGUAUCCUCGCUGUCCAGAGCUCCCGGUUUCUGUGUAUGAGGCCCGACGGGGAGCUGUAUGGAGCGGUCCACUAUGACCCUUCUGCCUGCAACUUCCGAGAACACCUGCUGGGGGAUGGCUACAAUGUGUAUGAAUCAGAGGCUCACGGGCGGACCCUCCGGCUGUCCUCCCAGGCCUCCCUGGGACAGGCUGGACCUUCUCGCUUCCUGCCGCUUCCUGGCGACCGGCUGCCUGGGCCAGAGCCACCCUGGGCACAGGGCCCCGAGCCCCCAGACGUGGGCUCAGCAGACCCACUGAGCAUGGUGGGGGGCAUGCAGGGCAGAAGCCCCAGCUAUUCUUCCUGAGCCCAGCCAGUCCCCACCCCACCUGGCUCAGGCAGGCCCUGGCUACUAUUUAUUUUGAGGGCUGAGCACCUCAAUCUUAUUUAUGCCUCUUUUCUAGCUCACCUUCUGAGCAAUAAAGCAGAUAGAUGACAAUAGCAAA